UGGGGCGCGCGCAGCGUGGAGUGCUACGAGAAGCUCGAACAAGUGGGCGAGGGGACGUACGGACAGGUGUACAUGGCUCGAUGCAAGGAGACGCAAGACAUCGUGGCGCUAAAGAAGAUUCGAAUGGACAACGAGAAGGAAGGGUUCCCAAUCACGGCUAUUCGAGAGAUUAAAAUCUUGAAGAAACUUCGGCACAAAAACGUGGUUGAUUUGAAAGAGAUCGUCACCUCUAAGGCGAACGCGUCGAAUGGACACAAGGGGAGCAUUUACUUGGUGUUUGAGUACAUGGAUCACGACCUCACCGGGCUGGCGGAACGGCCAGGUAUGAAGUUUAGCUUGCCGCAGAUAAAGUGUUACAUGAAGCAGCUGCUCACGGGUUUGCAUUACUGUCACAUCAACAAUAUUCUUCAUCGCGAUAUCAAAGGAAGUAACUUGCUCAUCAACAACAACGGGGUGCUGAAGCUGGCGGAUUUUGGUUUGGCGAAGUCGAUUACGAACGAAAACGCAAAUCCGCUGACGAACCGAGUCAUCACACUUUGGUAUCGUCCGCCCGAGCUGUUACUCGGUGCGACACAGUACGGUCCGAGCGUCGACAUGUGGAGUGCGGGUUGCAUUUUCGCCGAACUCGUGCACGGAAAACCGAUUCUUCCUGGGAAAGGCGAGAUGGAACAACUGGAUCUCAUCUUUAGGCUCUGCGGUACUCCGACGCCGGAGAACUGGCCGGACGCCGACAAGCUGCCGUACGCGAAACAUUUCAAGCAAAAGAAGCAUUAUCCGCGAAGACUGCGCGAAGUUUUCGCCCGGUUUUCCCCGAGCGCGAAGGAUUUGGUCGAGCGUUUCUUGACGUUAGAUCCGGCAAAGCGGAUCACGGCGAUUCAAGCUUUAGAUUCAGAUUGGUUCUGGGAAGAUCCGAUCGCGUGCGAGCCUGAAGACCUGCCUCGGUACGAGCCUUCGCACGAGUUCCAAACGAAAAAGCGCCGUCAAGAGGCAAAGCGC